AUGAUUAAGACACUAACCAAGGAAGAUGAGGAAGAGAUUGAGAGGUUGAGGGAAGAGAGAAGAACCAAGAGAAGGAAUGAUCCUAUCAGCAGUGAGAGCGAAGGGGAGUUUGAGAUUGGAGUGAACAUGGAAGGGGAGAGAAUGAUGACUCUUCACAAGAGGAAGGAGAAGAGGUCAAUCAAGAGAUUGAGGAAAGCACUACAAUGCUCUCUUCUCCAUGGACUUUGUGGAACCAAGUACCCACAUGUUGACACAAUGAAGGCCCUUGGAAUCUUUGAGGAUGUGGAGCUAGUCUCAAGAACAUGCACUUGGCCAAGUUCUUCUCUACCACAUGGAAUCCUACAAGGAGCUCACUUGCGAGUUCUUGGCUUCAAUGAGGCAGUUGGAGAUCUUGUUUGGGUUCAACUAUGGAGAGGGAACCAGUGGAACUUCAAGGAAAAGGACUCCAAAGGGUUUGGGCUACAAUCGCUGAUGGAUACUCUUCCUCAAGGUCAAGGCAGCUCAAUCAGGAGCCCAGUGCUUGAGAUAUGUGCACAAGGCACUCGCCAACACCUUCUUUGCAAGGAAGGCAACCGGGACAAUCAAUGA